CCAGGAGUCCCCAAGAUGCCCAUCCUGGACAAAGUCUCCCAGAAAAUGGCAACGAAAAUGGCCAGCAGUGAGGAGGAGCCUGAGCUGCCCAAGCUGCCAGUGCCCCCCCUGCAGCAGACGCUGGCUACCUACCUGAAGUGUAUGCAGCACCUGGUGCCCCAAGAGCAGUUCCGGAAGAGCCAGGCCAUUGUAAGGCGGUUCGGGGCCCCUGGUGGCCUCGGCGAGACCCUGCAACAAAAACUCCUGGAGCGGCAGCAGAAGACAGACAACUGGGUGUCUGAGUACUGGCUUCAUGACAUGUAUCUCAACAACCGCCUGGCCCUGCCUGUCAACUCCAGCCCAGCUCUCAUCUUUGCUCGGCAGCACUUCUAUGACACCAAUGACCAGCUCAGGUUUGCAGCCAGCCUCAUCUCUGGGGUGCUCAGUUACAAAGCCCUGCUGGACAGCCACUCCAUCCCCACGGACUGUGCCAAGGGCCAGUUGUCCGGACAACCCCUCUGUAUGAAGCAGUACUACGGACUCUUCUCUUCCUACCGGCUCCCCGGCCACACCAAGGAUACCCUGGUGGCCCAGAAGAGCAGUGUCAUGCCAGAACCCGAGCAUGUCAUUGUAGCCUGCCGUGAUCAGUUCUUCGUCUUGGAUGUUGUCAUAAAUUUCCGCCGUCUCAGUGAGGGGGAUCUGUUCACUCAGUUGAGAAAGAUAGUCAAGCUGGCUUCCGGCGAGGACCAGCGCCUGCCUCCCAUCGGCCUGCUGACGACAGACGGGAGGAGCGAGUGGGCCGCAGCCAGGACGGCCCUCGUGAAAGACUCCACCAACCGGGACUCGCUGGACAUGAUUGAGCGCAGCAUCUGCCUCGUGUGCUUGGAUGCGCCAGGCGGCGGGGACCUCAGUGACACCAGCCGGGCGCUGCAACUGCUUCACGGUGGAGGCUGCAGCAAGAACGGGGCCAACCGCUGGUAUGACAAGUCCCUGCAGUUUGUGGUGGGCCGAGACGGCACGUGCGGCGUGGUGUGUGAACACUCCCCGUUUGACGGCAUCGUCCUGGUACAGUGCACGGAGCACCUCCUGGCACACAUGAUGCAGAGCAGCAAGAAGCUGGUGCGCGCCGACUCAGUCAGUGAGCUCCCGGCCCCCAGGAGGCUGCGGUGGAAGUGCUCCCCGGAAAUCCAAAGCCACUUGGCCUCCUCAGCGGAGAAGCUUCAACAAAUAGUCAAGAACCUCGACUUCACUGUGUACAAGUUCGAGGGCUAUGGGAAGACUUUCAUCAAGAAGCAGAAGUGCAGCCCCGAUGCCUUCAUCCAGGUGGCCCUCCAGCUGGCCUUCUACAGACUCCACGGGAGACUGGUGCCCACCUACGAGAGUGCGUCCAUCCGCCGCUUCCGCGAGGGCCGCGUGGACAACAUCCGCUCGGCCACCGCGGAGGCCCUGGCGUUUGUGAGAGCCGUGGUGGACCACAAAGCUGACAUUCCGGAUCAGGAGAAGCUGCAGCUGCUGAGAGACGCCAUCCGCGCCCAGACGGAGUACACCGUCAUGGCCAUCACAGGGAUGGCCAUUGAUAACCACCUGCUGGCACUACGAGAGCUGGCCUGGGACCUGUGCAAGGAGCCCCCUGAGAUGUUCACGGACGAGACCUACCUGAUGAGCAACCGGUUUGUCCUGUCCACCAGUCAGGUGCCCACCACCAUGGAGAUGUUCUGUUGCUAUGGUCCUGUGGUCCCCAACGGGUAUGGGGCCUGCUACAACCCACAGGCUGAAGCCAUCCUCUUCUGCGUGUCUAGCUUCCACAGCUGCAAGGAGACAUCCUCUUUGGAGUUUGCCAAAGCCAUGGAGGCAAGCCUGGCUGACAUGAGAAACCUCUGCAGUGCACCACAGCCUGCCCCAGGCCAGCCACCUGCAACCAAGGAAGAAGGCCCAAGACCACGGUCAGGGCCGCUGACCUUGACGUCCAAUCACCACUAGGUUGCCUGUCCCCAAGCCCAGCCUCUGCAAAAGCCUACAGUGGUCCCUCGCCCUAGCUUUCUGCAACUUCCCAGGCUCCUCAGGACCCAGCCCUAGAGCACACAGAAGCCUUCCAUGGGGCUGGCAUGUUACCCAACAAUGGCCUAUUAUGCAUGAGAAUCAUCAAUAUUUAUCAUGGCACCUGCCACUCUGGGCACUGGCUCAGAGGCAGCCCGAGUGAAGCAGGGAGCUCCCUCCGUGGUCCUCUCAUUUCCUCCCCCUCUCCUGCCCCACAGCAGGCCCCAGCGUGUCCAGUGAGAGGAUGAGUCACCCCACCGCAGGCAAGGCACCUCAGUGAAUCACAGGGUGACCGCAAAGCUUCCCCUGAAGCAACCCACUGCCCCUGCACACACCCUCCACAGGCCAAGUUCACUGAUUGUGAUAUGGGCUAUCAAACACAUUGCUCCUUUGGCUUCCCAGGGGCAACCUUAUAUAUAGCUAUUCCAAAAGGGGUGGAGGCUUUUCACAGUAUUUCACCUGUGACUCCCCAGGAGUCCUGGCAGCUAGCUGUCUGCUUCCCAAGUGACGUCAAGGUCAUCAAAGGGACAGGUGCACAAACAGGAUGGAGUGGACCGUGCUCCUAGAGUCCUUCCUUCUGCAUUUCUCUGCCCCCUUCCCACUGCCCUGCCCUCUGACCAUGCUCUAAUAAGGUGGAGGAAAAAGAGGGCUGCCUAGGAGUUCGUCUUACUGUUCCCUGCUUUGUUUUGUGUAUUUCCAAGAGUGAGAUUUUACAGAAAUUCACGGCAAUGUUCAUUUCAGAAUUUGAGGGCCGUUGCCCAAGCAGGACAUCCUGACCAUUUGGUUGUUUUAUU